AUGUCGACAGACCACCCACCCCAGAUGUUAUUUUUCGAUACAUUUGGCACAGUAGUGUCGUGGCGUACAUGCGUCGCCGAAGAGCUGAGCGCAGCCGCCCUGGAUGCUGUGAACCAUCCCCGCAAGGACCUCCCAGCCGAUGUGCGGGACCGCGCUGCAGCCAUGACCUGGGAUGACUGGCUAGCGUUUGUCGCAGAAUGGCGGCAGUCUUACAAUGUAUUUACCGGUACAUUUGAUCCAUCCAACAAGUUCGUGUCAGUCGAUCAGCACCACUAUAAUGCCCUUCAGGACCUCCUGCGACAGCGCGGUCUGGACGGCCUGUUCGCUGACGAGAAGCUGUGGGAACUUGCUUUCGCCUGGCACCGGCUCAACCCGUGGCCGGAUAGUGUCCAAGGUCUUGAGCUAUUGAAUCGUCGGUUCGCCACUUCUACCCUGUCGAACGGGAAUAUCUCUUUGUUGCAGGAUCUCCAGCGACAUGGAUCACUGCCUUUCACGCAUCUUGUUAGUGCAGAGAAUUUCGGGGCUUACAAGCCUUCUCCGCUGGUUUAUAAUGGGGCUGCCAAGAAGUUUGGACUGGAGCCAGGCCAGUGCGGACUGGUUGCGGCGCAUUUGCACGAUUUAAAGGCUGCCAAGAGCUGCGGGUUUCAGACUAUCUAUGUCGACCGUGAGCUGGAGGAAGAGAUGUCAAAGGAGCAGGCUGCGAAGGCCAAAACUGAGGGUUGGGUGGAUAUGUUGGUUGAUCUUGAGUCUGAUGGCUUCCGAGAGGUGGCUAGGCGAUUUGGGAUUGAGUAA